AAAAGAGGGAGCCCCUAGACUGCAAAAAACAGGAUCCAGUCCUCCAAAUUGUAAAUGGCUGCCAUGAUCCGACAGAUUUGCAGCCAAACCAACGCGCAAAACAUAAAAUCAACAAUGAACUUCAUAUAUAAUUCAACAAAACAAUGAACGUGGUGGCAACCACCUUCAAAUUGCUGUUCCAGCAACUAGUAGUUCUUACACACACACAGAGUUGAAUUUCCCGUGGCUUGUACAUAAAAAGGUUGCUGCUACGUUUGUUGCAGACAAGACAACAACAUAGUUCAACACAAAUGGAUCAUUGGCUUCACAAAACCAAAGAGCUUUUCUUCAGUUCUUCAGCUUCAUCUCCAAGAGAGGUGUUUUACCUCUUUACCCUCACCCUCCUCACCCUUCUCCUACCCCUCUCAUUCCUUCUCCUCUCUAACCUCUCUGCAGCUCAAUUCUACCUUCAAAGAUCAAACCUCUUCCCCUGUUUUUUAUCACUUGCCCCCUGCAACAUUCUCUACAUUCUCGUGUUCCUCCUCACCUUAGCUUCCUUAAUCCACUGCUUAACAGGAAAACUCACCGUUUUCAACGUAUCACCAUCAUCAACAUCAUCAUCAACAUCUCGUCUCUGUACGGCGUGGAUUAUCCUCUGCACUUUCCAAGUCUGUGUUGGUCUGGGCACUGAGGGAAGCAUUGUGGCGGGGGUUUAUAGUGACGACUCCAUCUCGAGCUUCGGCGUGGAGAAGAAGAGCCUAUUGAGAAGAGGGGUGUUGGGUUUCUUGUUGGGGUUGCACGAGACGACGCGGUUUUGGUCUAAGGUUGUGGUGAGGCCUGUGGUGGAUGACACGGUGUUUGGGGUUGCCAGAGAAGAAAGAUGGGUUGAGAGGCUCGCUGUGGCUGCUAGCUUAGGCACAUUGUGGUGGUGGAGGUUGAGGGGCGAUGUGGAGAUUUUGGUGGUUAUUGCUGAGGUGAAGAAACAGAGGUUAAUGGAUUUGGGAAUGGGUGAUUUCUUUGGGUGGUGGUUGUAUUAUCUGACUUUCACUAUUGGGAUGGCGAGGGUUGUGAAGAGCUUUUUGUGGAUGUGCAGAAUUUGUACCUCUAGAAGAAGAGCAACAAGGAUUUCCAUGGUGGAACCUAGUGACAAUGAUUAUAAAGUAUAAACUAAUUUGACCAAUGCUCUAUUUUUUUGGUACUACAUUUAGUGAGACAUGAGACAAUUUUGUUCAAACGGAAACAUUAUGGGGCUAGCUCUAUCAACAAGGGUUUUCUCCGUAAAAAGACUCGAACUCGACACAUUUCGUAAAAGAAAUCAAACAUGUACCACUUGAAUCGACCAUUAUUUACUUAUUUGACCAACACAUUGAUUGUAUUCAUUUCUUCCCCCAUUCCUUAAUUUUUGUCAUACAUUACCUUUGUAAAAUUGAAAUAGUCUUGAUUCAAUAUUUUAUUGACAUUACACGUA